AUGGAAUGGGAUGUGCUGAACAGGUCUUUUCUGAGCAACGUCAAUCGUCUCAACUUGAGUGGCAUUGAGAUGUCUUUCAAGAGGAUGGGUAUGAACCUCAGGAUAUUUAGUCAGCGUCACAAGGGACUGUCUCAUUUACCUAUCAACUUUCUUGAAGGACUGAAAUCUUUAUUGUCAUUCCAGGCAGGGAGUCUUAAUAUUAAGGACCUGCACCGAAACACAUUUAUUCACACACCACGGUUGUGGUUCCUUGAUAUCAGUAAGAAUGAGUUCACAGCCCUCACUCCAAAGCUGUUUCGCCCAAUCCCAAGGCUCAACAGCCUGUACCUGUCCAAAGCCCGAAUUCAGUCCUUAGAUUUCCUCAUAGCAGCAAACCUCAGUAGAGUCACUUUCUUGCAGGUGAGCAAGAAUGACAUAACAGUAGUCAAUGAGACAGUGUUGCAAUCUCUCCCUGCCUUGACAUACCUGGACAUGCAAGAUAAUCCUUUCACCUGUGGCUGCAGUGAUGCUUGGUUUGUCCAGUGGAUGGAGAGCGACAACCAAACACAAGUUGUUGGUGCAGGAGAAUUUACCUGCAACUAUCCUGCCGAUCUAAAGGACACCAAGCUGUUGGAUGUUGAGCUUCAGUUCUGUACAGUGGACUUAGGACUUUACUGCUACAUCUCUACCACUUGUCUGGUCCUCCUCACCCUGGUAGCAUCCUUUGCCUACCACUUCCUGAAAUGGCAUGUCAUUUUCGGCUAUUACCUCUUCCUGGCUUUCCUCUAUGACACCAAGCAAAGAAAUAAGCUCACACCUCAUGGCUGUCAGUACGAUGCCUUCAUCUCCUACAACGCCCACGAUAAGCCCUGGGUCCUGAGGGAGCUUCUGCCAGAGCUGGAGGGAAAGCAGGUCUGGAAGCUGUGUCUCCACCACCGGGACUUCCAGCCAGGCAAACGCAUCAUAGACAACAUUAUGGACGGCAUCUACGGAAGCCGCAAGACCAUCUGUGUCAUCAGCCACCGCUACCUGGAGAGUGAGUAGUGCUCCCGGGAGAUCUAGGUGGCCAGCUUCUGGCUCUUUGAUGAGCAGAAGGACGUCCUGAUUCUGGUGUUCCUGGAGGAGAUCCCUACCCACCAGCUGUCACCCUAAUACCGGAUGAGGAAGCUAGUGAAGAGACGCACAUACCUGAGCUGGCCCAGAGCUGGGGAGCAAACCGGGGUCUUCUGGCAGCAACUACGGCUGGCUUUAGAGACCAAGGACGGCUCUGCUGAGGAAAAUCCCAUCCUCUCUGGGGUGCAGGCUCUGUGAUAGUGAAACCUUGAUUUGAAACAACCAUCUCACUCUGAACCUUUUCUGUAUAUUUACAUGAGAAUAUUGAA